AUGGAGAACUUUACUUCGUUAUUCAUAGCUUCUGUUUUGGUGUUAACAUUACCUCAGCCACGAGAUUACAGACUGAGGGCCUGGUUUAAAUGGCCCAAUAACUUUCAUGCAGAGCCAACUGAUGAACCUAACCUGGUUACCAUUGCCCAUAUUGUUUUAAUUUCUGACGACAACUAUCUUUUGCCCCAUUCUGUCAGGUGGGAAGAAGAUUUUGUAAGUGAUCAUCAAGAACGGAUUUCCCCAUGGGAGAUUGAUCCUUCAGUUUCUCUCCCACCCUUGGGCUUCCAGUCCCCGCCAAGGCUUAAGAAACUGCGGAUGAAUGUGCAGGCUAGCCCACCCGACACCCCUGAGUCUGUGAGAUCCUCUAAGGUCUUGCAAGGUCAAGAAAAUGUAGGUUUGGUGUCACCUUUCUAUGGAAGUAAUAAGGCGCACCGCCCAGUGGAUUUUGGGAUGCAAUCCAUAGCGUGUCAAAGUCUCACGUCAAAUGGGAUAGAAGGGACAAAAUUUGGGGAGUUCGUGAGGAAUCAGCCAUCCACCACUUACUCGGGCUUUGUGGAAUCAAAUAGGUUUCCAAAGGUCUUGCAAGGUCAAGAAAUUUGCUCAUUGAGAUCUCUGACUGGAAAACUGAUCUCAACCUUGGUUCUUGGAGAAAAUCUGAUCUUGGUUGCAAUUUCUCAACAUGAAUCAAAGACCCACACCCAGACGAACAUCCCAAGAGAAAAAGUCCCUUUCAACCCGACUUCCUUUCAAAGUGGGGUUAUGAUGGAUGAAGUUAAAAGGCCACCAGAAGUGAUUUCUGCACCUCUCAAUUUGGAAGCAAAUUUCAAAAGUCAGAAAGAUGAUACCUUAAAGGGCUUGGUGAGUUGCUGUAAACUAUUUGGGUUUCCCUUGAAUGAAGAAAUUCCAAGUUCUACUCAGAGGAACCGCACAAAGGUCCACAAGCAAGGGAACUUGGUGGGAAGAGCCAUUGAUCUCUCAAAACUGAAUGGUUAUGAUGACCUGCUGAUUGAACUGGAGAAACUCUUUAAUAUGGUGGGCCUCUUACGAGAUCCUGACAAAGGUUGGCGAAUUGUGUACACCGACAGUGAGAAUGACCUGAUGAUUGUCGGGGACGACCCAUGGGAUGAGUUUUGUAAUGUGGUGUCCAAGAUCCAUAUAUACACCCAAGAAGAAGUGGAACAAAUGACAGCUCAGGUGAUGUUGGAUGAUACUCAAAGUUGUUUGGAAGAAGCGCCAGCGGUAAUGGGGUGUCGAAGUAUUCAUCAGUGA